UACAAGCGUUGAUAUUAACAUCGCUUAUUUUGGAAUAUAUUCAUUUACAUGAAUAAAUUUGGUUAUUAUUUCGGAUUCGUUACCAGAACGAUAUAUUCCAUUGCCUUCAUUUUGUUGUUGAAUAAUAACUUUUCCAUAACUGUUUAUCUAUAAGUCUCGCUUCCAUCAUAAAUAAAUCAACCAUAAACUGACAAAUCUGUACUAAUUUGUCACUCGAAAUCUCAACAUGAAAAAUCUCUUUACGCUUAUUGUACUAAUUCUGUAUUUUCAAGAGUUAAAAGCAGACUUUACAAACGCUACGGAACAAAAGAAAAUUGCAUCAACGCCCCAGCUCGAAAACAAUUUUGACAAAAUUCCGGCCGAGGCAGAAAUUACAACAGCUUUAGUAGAAAAUGAAAAAUUUGAUGAUAAUGAACUCCAAAAACAUUUUGUACAAAAAUUUCAAUUAUAUAAAAAUAAUUUAGAGAAAGACAAAAACAGCAACGAGACCCAUGAGAUGAUGCUGCAAAGAAAAUCAAGGUACGCCGCGAAUAAUACGCACUCUAAUAAAAGGAUGGAAUGUUUGUCGUGUCGUGCAGACGGGAUUUCUACUGCAGAUGAGAAUUGUUAUAAGGGAUCCAGAGUUCCGUCACAAAAUUGUUCAGAUGCCGAGCAAUGUUAUACUGAACUUCACCCUUUAUACAUAAAAAGAGGUUGUAUAUUACCUAGCAGCCUAAACAGAACGUUUGCAUGCAAAUGUCCCCUAUGUAACGACAAACCUUCAUACGACUCCGCCUAUUACGAAUAUACCAAACUCAGCGAUUGGGAGUACGAUAACGAACGCCUUCAGAAACCUGUGGUAGGAAUAGACCUCAUUUGCAAAGUUUGCGAAACUAGAAGAACGAAUAAACAUGCCGAUAAUGUUUGUAAAAAUGGUCAGGGUUCAGACUAUAUGGUUUGCGGACAUGAGGAACUAUGCUUCACAAAUAUAAAUGAACAAAUUGACUCGGUAACCAGAGGAUGCGUAUCAAAACCAGUACAUAACUCAUACUAUCAUUUUUGCAAUACAUUAAAGUGCAACAACGAGGCUUAUCUAAGUCCGACACAGAGAAAACCAAGAGAGCUAUUAAUGGGACUCACGCCCUUGCCAAGUAGAUUUUCAUCAAGUGAUGUUACUAAAAUAUGGCAUCCAAUAAUUCUCUUUGAAAUCUUUUUUAUGGGCAUUAUUUAUAAACGUCUUACAUACUGCCAUUUCUAGAAAAAGUUUAUCUGCGUUUUAUAGAUUAUAAUAUCUUUAUGAUAGAUUUUAUGACAGAAUGCAUUUUUGAUUGAAGUUUACUGACAACGUACAAAAUGAGAUUUUUUCAAGUGAUUUUAUUUUAUUUGCUUAUUAUACACGUGAAAUGUGAAGAAACUACUGAAAAAAAUAAACGCGGUAGAGAAAAGGCACCGACGGAACAUGUUGAUGGAAACAAAGGCAAAGAUGAAUUGUUACACCUGACAAAAGACCUAAUGUAUCAUGAGAAAUCUUGUGACAAGGAAGACGACGUUAGUUUUGCUGCAGGCGGUAACAACGAAAUAAAUAUUACUAGAAGUGAAUCUGACGUAUCCGAGUCGAGGCGUUCGUGCAUAUUUUGUGAUAACGUACAAAUCGAGGACUGCUAUGAUCCGAAAAAUAAAUUGAUCCCGUCAAUCAUGUGCGAACGUGAGGAAGACUUGUGCUAUUCUCAACACACGCCUUUCGGCAUAAUCGACAGAGGAUGUUUCAACGUAAAUCACAAUCUCACCACCUACGUUUGCUCCUGCAAUCUUUGUAACUACAUAUCCAUUUCUGAAAUGCCAUACAUUUUCUCUAACAAGCGAGAUUGGGUCGAUAAUGUUGUUGAGCUCUCACGUACGCGGCAUUUUAGAAAAUCUGUGUUUAAAGACAUGACUUGCUUGAGAUGUGAAGUUAACGUGACCACCAAAAGGGGUGAUAUGCUCGAUAGUGCAAAUUGCUUGGAAGGAAACGUUGGGGCAUUACCAAUACAACAAUGUGAAGAAGACGAAAUCUGCGCAGUUAGGGCUAUCAAAAACACUGGCUUUAUGUGGAGGGGUUGUGUUAAGGCCCCUCUUUAUAACUAUUGGUGGGCCCUUUGCGACACCGACCUUUGUAACUACGAUGCUCUUAUUUCUAUCUAUGACUUUAUGUAAAACUAUUCCUAUUUUCUUAUCUACUUUAAUAAAUGAUUUCAAAUAA